AUGUCCAUCAAGUCGGACUUGAACAGCAGGUUAUGGACAGAAAUUCGGUGUCCCGAGUGUCGCGAGCUUCUAGAAUACGUCGACAUCCAAAAGUAUGCGGACGAGGAGACCUUUGCCCGGUACGAGGCUUUGGCUCUCCGAGCAGCCAUGGCCGAAGCUGACAAGUUCAUCUGGUGUACCGCUAAUUGCGGCUCGGGUCAGCUUCACGACACGGGCGAAGACCAACCCAUAGUGACUUGCUUACACUGCGGCCAGCGCUCCUGCUUUACCCACAACGUCAUGUGGCACGAAAACUUGUCGUGUGAGGAGUACAACGCGCUAUUGCGAGACCCCGAGAAUUUUCGUUCGCGUAUCGAGAUGGAGUACGACGAGUUGGAUUCAGCCCGACAAGCGCUGGAAGAUGCCGAUCGUGCCAUGGCUCAGGGCCUUAUGGCGGAACAACAGGCCGAGGUACACGAGCGCGAUGCCAGAGAACGCAAUGAAAGAGAAAGGACACGUAAGGCGGCAGCCCUGGCAAGAAAGGUUGCAGCCCGCCGCAAAGCCGAAGAGGAACAGAGCCUGGUAACUGUAAGCAGGACGACGAAGCCGUGUCCCGGGUGCGGUUGGGCCAUCGAGAAGAACUCUGGCUGGCAUAAAGUGCCGCUACGAGUUCUGCUGGGGUUGCUAUACUACCUGGGAACGGGCGCAUAG